GAGGCUCAAAAACCGUUGCAUGUAUGCUGUUGUGGUAGUCAAAUCCGAAUUGAACAUUUGAAAUUUAUGGGUUAAAUAGCCUUCCCCGAAAGAUGAAUUAAUAGUGCCCCAAUGGUUGAAUGAGAAGUAAAAAAUGUCGAUUAACGUGACGGUUAAUGGGAAUCCUGUGUGCGUACGACGAAGAGUCAUUCUCUCGGAUUUGGAGCAGAUCAAGAAGAAUGAGUGUCAACGCAGGAGAAGGUUACGACUGGAGCAGGUUCGUCAGCAGUCGAAGGAGAUGUCGAGUACACUACUGGACAGAGCGAAGAAUAUCGCCAAGAAAACCCUAAACGAUAUAGGAAAUGACAAGGACUCAGAGCUCCGCCGAAUGCACGACAAGAAGAUCAUGGAGAUCCAGCAGAAAUACCAAGAGGAUAUGGAGGAUAUCGGAUUGGCUCACACAUCAGCUGCGGCACAACCUGAUGUUGAAAUUAUCUUGGAGAGUGGACGUCGAAAGAAUCAAUUGGCAGCUGCUGAGAGGGGCAAGGAGGCCUCUCAACGAUUGAAGGAGUCUGCGAUGCAAGAAGACCCAGUGGCAAAGCAGCAGGAGCGCCUCCGUCAGGUGCGCGAGGUGGAAAACGUGCGUUCCUCAAUGAUAGCAAACCUCUCCAAGCGCUCGCCCCGCAAGCCAAAAGGGCCACCACCACUGCACCCCUCAGUCCCGCAGCCCUCCCCAGCCUCCACGAUCCCCCCCACCCCCUCAGCACCCCCCGAGAUUCCCCACCAGUCCCCCAGCCUCCCCAGAACUUCUUCAAAAAAGCGAAAACACAAGAAAACCCUUUCCAAAAAAUCCCCCUCACAAGUGAUCUCAAAACCGCCCACGAGGGCCAUUUCCCAGGCAUCGAGGCCCUCUCGCCGCGUCGUCGUGGAGAUCCACCAGGAGGGUUCCCCCCCGGAUCCUCGCCUGCGCCCCCCGGAGCCCCCAAAGACCUCGAAGCCCCCGAGACCCAAAAAAAUCCCCGAGCUCGACGAAAUUAACAGAAUCGAAGAGAUAAACUCAGAUAAACCAGACAAAAUCGAUAAAAAUCAGCAGUACAAUCCCUCCGACUACCAGCAUAAUCCCUCGUCCUCCAGCAGUCCCUCAGUGAGCGACGACUCCUCGUACUUCUCAGACGGAGGCGCCAGCAACACCCAGGAGCAAAUGCCCCCGAGGAAGGCGCCGCCAAAGGCCAAACCCCCAGGAAAACCUGCGUCACCAAGUAAAGUCCACCUGUACGACUACAACACCCGCCAGAGGGAGUCCUACAGCCGCCCCCCAGGUGUCGUGGAGCGAGUGGAGCUGGUGGACGAGCCCAGCGCGGUGGAACUGGCCCGAAAGACCUCAACCCUCCAGAGCAAAGAGCCCUCGAUCCAGAGUCAGCGAGCGAGAGCUCAGCAACGAGGGGCCAACGCAGCCCUCCGCGAGAGAGUGAAGAAGGACUACCACAACUUGAUCCAGAAGUUGGAUCACCUGUCUCGAGAGGAGCAGAAGCUGAAGGCGAGCCAGAGCUCGUGUCACCGCAGCAUUCUGGAUGGAAAGCGAAGACAACUGAAGAAGGACAUGAAGCAAGCCGAGAUGAAUCGAGCAUUCGAGGCGUCUCGAAGUGACCCCAUCGAGAGAAUCAUAACGAUUAACCAGAGCGAUGGGGAGUCGAUGUCUGACAGCCCCUACGACAGUGUCUACGAGCGCUCGGACAGUUCCCCAGUGGAGGAGGCCUCGUCUCGAAACGAGCAAAUUCUCGAGAUGCUGAAGAAGGUGGAGCGCCAGAAGCGACUGCUCCUGCAGGAGUUUGGAGCCACCCUUCCAGACUCUGUCUUCAACGCCAGCAUGACUCGUCUCUUCGAUACUCAACGGGCGAGGGAGCCAGCCCAGGAGCAGAAACCUGUGGAAGAAAAGCCAGAGUCCCCAGAGAUAAAGAUAAUCAAGGUGACUGAGGCCACCAGGAAGCCCCAGAGGAUCGAGACAGCUGUGCAGACGUCUCAGACCUCCCCAGACGCUCCGGACGUCAACGACAAGAGCAUUCAAGUCGAGCUGACGGAGCCAGCCUCGACGAGGGUGGACAGAACGUCUGAUCCCCUCGAGUACGUCGAGCCAAUCGUCAGGAUCAUUCACCCAGAGGUGGGGGCCAGCAGCAGCGACUCCUCAGCCCCAGGGAUUGUCAUUGACUUCAGCAGGCAGCAGGUCAAGGUGACUCCAACGAAGCGAAGGACCUCCAGGCGGAAGACCCCUACGUCGUUGCCAGCUAGUGGGAGGACGUCUCCGGUGAAGAGAGUCCCUGAGAUCGAGACUGCUCCAGGCUCAGCGUCAGCUUCAGCACCGACCUCUCGAGUCAGCAGCCCCCAGGAGGUCAUCGAGGAGGAGAAACCCAGGAAGUACAAGUUGCCAGAGCGCAAGAGGGUACCACCAGCUGACACCAGCACUGACGUGUCCUUUGGACAACCAGCGAGGCUGAGGGAGCAGGGGAAAUCGUACGUUAGAGUUAAGCAAACGAUUUUAAAGAGGUAUUAUAAUAACACUUCUGACACUUCGACUUCCUACGCUAGCUUGCCAGCUGUGCAGCCUGGGUCGUCGUAUCCUGAGGCUGUGGCCAACAAUAUGACGCCGAUUCUCCAGAUGCUGGACUCCUCCGCCAAUGAGAGUGUGAUGAGGAGGUUCAGGGACAGGGAUAUCAGCCCUGUGUCCACUCCGGAGACGCCUUCGCCGAGGGUUCUGAGGGUUCCGUCCAAUGUUCCUGAUGCUGGGAGACUGGGGAGGCUCCUCAAGUUCGAUGAGGGGGCGGCGCAGGAGGGCCCGGAGGGGAGACGGAGGAGGAAGUCGAGGGAGAGGGAACGGCCGAGGAAGAGCCCGAGGGAGACCGAGGUGAGCUACGGGGAUGGGGGUGAGGAGGAGGAAAUUUGCAGGUGCAAAAAUCCACUCUGCAGGCUUGUGCAUCAGGAUGUGGGGGGGGUGAAGGCGGACUUUGGGGCGAGCAAACCUGAAACGCUGAAGAAGUAUGACGAACUGCAGAACAUUUGCGCGGAGAGGAUUGCGUCCCUGAAUGCCCUCAUCAAGCAAGUUAGGGAUGAGCAGCAAGAAGAUUAUUCACUAACAGCCCCGAGCGACGACACCUCCCUAAUGCAGAUGCCAGCCCCCCGUCACCGCGACAGUCUCCACAGCGUUCAAAAACUAGUAGAAAGUAUCGAAGCAAUCCACAACCAGCUCGCAAAGACCCUGCAGGAGUCCCAAAAAAUAAUAACAGGUAGUCUCAACGCCUCCAGACGCCUGGACUCCCCGAAGCUCCCGGAAGUGCCGCCCCCCGCCCCCCAAAAACCCCAGGAAGCCCCAAAAUCCCCGAGCCUCCCCCUACCGCCCUCGCCCCCGCACUCAGAACUAAAAAAGAAGCCGAAGGUGAUAAGCGAGGAAACUGUGAAAAUAAAUCUCCAGCGUUUCAAGUCAUCCCUCCCCAAGAAGGAAGUGCCUUCCCACCAACAAUCAUCACCGAAGCACGACGACAUCGUGGAGAAGCUGUCCCUGGAGAUCCUGGAGCAAACCAAGAGCUCGGAGCAGGCGAGUGCCUCCAGGAGGCAGCCGGACUCUCCAGUGAAGCGAGAACAGCCGAAGGUGUCGUCUCCGACGAGGAAGACACCUGGACCUGGGGAAACUUUUAUUCCUCUCCUGGCAGGGAUUCCAAAGGCCCCGAAACCCCUUCCCAGCAUUCCUCAAGGGAAUGGGCAUCGUCGCCCACCCCCGGUGAGCCACCCUGUGCCCUACGGCAUCGAGGCCCUCUCCCCGCCCCACGAGCUCUCGACAAUCGCAGAGUUCGACACUCCAGACACUGGAAAUCGCAGUUACAUGAGUGCCAGAAGCCCAAAUGGAAAGUCCAGAAGGCAACUGCCACUUUGCGCCCCUCAGGUGCAGGAGAGGAUAGUGGAGGAGGCUGGUGUCCACGAGGGCAAGACCAAGCAGUCGUCUGUGGAGGAGGAAGGAAGACUUCCAGAGGAGAAGAAGGAUUCCAAUGGCUCUGCCAAGUCCUCGGAUUCAGCUGGAGGCAAUCGCCAGGUCGAGAUGAAUCGAUCCAACAAAUUGAUAACGUCGAGCAGCUCCAAUAGCUUCUCUGGGGUGUCUGGAAUUUCUGAGAUCAUCAGCACUCCGACGUCUGAUGCUACUGCCUGGGCUUCUUCCCCUCCAGAGCGCAUGGAGGAUCACUUGAGGAAGGUGGGGCUGGGAUGGGCUGUUCCUUUCCUCAGGAAGACGAGGGAGGCCAGCGCUUUGAGCUCCUCUUCGAGCUCUGAUAGGACUCUCCUGGCGACACUCAGGAGGACCAAGUCUCCGGUUAAGAAGAAUGGGAGCAGCACUCCGCUCACUGGGCUUCCGGACUUCAGUGAUGUCUCGUCGAUAUCGAUCAAGGAGGCCAGCAAGAGCACUGAGAGGGCUGUGCUCAUGAAGGCGAGAACCUCGACCCCUAAUAUUCAGAACUCUAAUUACAGCGGGGACAAGUCGACGAGCAAUAAUUCCACUUCGGGGAUCAGUCGGGAUAAUAGCGAUAGUAUCAAUCUGUCUCCCAAGAAGAGAUGAGAUUUGUGACUGAAAUCGUGGUGUUCAUAACGAUAUUUUAAUGAGUUUUAAGCAAUUUAAAUAGAUCUUUUUUAGGUAGUUAACUAAAUCCAUAUUUUCUGACUGAACUUUUUGGGGGUGGGGUUCU